GCAGGGUUUGCCCUUUGUGGCCUUUCCAUCUUUCAAAUGUUUCCCUUCCCUCUAUUAUGUUGUGAGGUUUACUCCUUCCUCUGCUCUUAGCAGUUCAGCUCUGGCUCCGUGUCCCCUUGUUUGUCCUCUGGGGAUGGUAACAGUGUGAAACACCCUUGAUCCAUGAAGUCCAGGUCUUCUGUGAGCAUCCCUGCCAACCUCUGACUUGUGGUUUAUGAAGAGAGAGGAAUAAAAGAAAUAAUCUAGGAGAGACUGAAGGUCUUCCUACAGGGAAACCAGGGUGAUCCACCUGUGGGGUGGAGAGCCAAGGAUUGGAGCUGAAGCCCAGAAGAGCUGCAAUUGCUGUCCUGUGGAGAACCCACUGACUGUGGUCAGCUGGUGCUUAACCAGUAACCCAUGAUAGCACCAGGUGAAUCUCAGCACUGACAGAUCAGUAGGUGGCAACAAGGAACGGGUGUGGAAGCCAGAAACUUCACCACAAUGAGAUGCCUCACCCAUCCACUGCUCAGGAAGUUGUUGAGCCUCCCACCUCAGUGUGUGCCAGGGCGAGGGACUCCAAUGAAAGGUGCUGUGCUCUGUCCAAAGCAGUUGUUUCUGAAGCAGUGCUGCAGUGCAGGACCUGGGCUCGUGACUGCCACUGAUAUGGUCAACUACUGGCAGAAGGUGUUCGAGAAAAAUGGGAUCCCUGAAGCACAAGAAUCCAGUCAAUAUAUUGUGUCAUUUGUCCUGGGAGCAAAAACAUUUCAGAGUCUGGAUUCCAAAAGCCUCCACACUCCACUUACAGCACUGCAGCAGGAGCAAAUCCAGCAGCUGAGCCACAAGCGGCUACAAAGGAUGCCUGUGCAGUACGUGCUUGGAGAGUGGGACUUCCAGGAGCUGACUCUGAAGAUGAGACCCCCAGUGUUUAUUCCACGGCCUGAAACAGAGGACCUUGUCUCUUUAGUUGUGGAGGAAGAAUUUCAGAAAUGUGAGAAUUCAACCCUCUGUUUCCCAGCUCCUGUUCCUCAUCCUGUUAUCCUGGAAAUUGGCUGUGGCUCUGGAGCAAUUGCUCUGAGUCUGCUCUGUAAACUGCCACAGAGCAGAGUCAUAGCCAUGGACAAAGAGGAGGCUGCUGUGAAUCUCACCAGGGAGAAUGCAUACAGGUUGCAACUCCAAGAAAGGAUUCACAUCAUCCACCAAGAUGUUUCACACAGUAACUCUUUUCACUCUUAUAAUCCCCUUUGUCUUUUUCCCUUUUUGUCUUUGAUGGGUGGAGGGAGGCAUGAGAGACAGUUUCCUGGGGAGGAUCUUGACACUGAGCUUAUAGGGAAGAUGCUGUUGUUGAGAGCUGUUUGUGAUUCUUUUUCUUUUCUAGGUUCUGCCAAACAGCUGUUGCUCUGGGGCCCCAUAGAUGUCAUAGUCAGUAACCCCCCAUAUGUUUUCCAUGAAGACAUGGCUUCCCUGGAUGAAGAAAUCCUCUGCUAUGAGGACCUUGAUGCCCUGGAUGGGGGAGACGAUGGCAUGAGAGUCAUCAAAACAAUUCUGGCUUUGGCUCCUUCUCUUCUGAAGGUUUCUGGGAGCGUGUUCCUGGAAGUUGAUCCCAGGCAUCCAAAUAUGGUGGAGCACUGGCUACAGGCCCACCCAGAAUUACUGCUCACCCUCCGUGCCAUUCACAAGGACUUUUGUGGCAAGCCUAGGUUUCUGCACAUCCAGAAACAAAGCAGCUGACAACUGUCAGACAUAACUCUCCUUGCAGGAUGCUUUUUGCUCUUGAGCCCAGCUGAACAGCUGGUUGAAAACUCCUUCUGCCUUGUGAAAGCAAUCUCCAUUCCCCGGAGUGUUGGACUUUUCAUGCAGUGACAGACCCCUCAUACCCUAACGCAGACCUCAUCCAGAAUUGCAGAAGUUCAGCUGAGCAUGUGGAAGUGUUUCACCUUCCUCAGGGAACUGCAUGAAACAUUUUAUUUUGCUCUGCUAAAGUGACUCAAUCAUCUCAGGACCUAAGAAGAGUUCACAGCUCCAGAUUAAAAAUUCAACUUCUCAACAUGCCACAUCACCCAUUUGGCCUAGAAAGAAUUUAAUUAUAUUUUUAAAUUGGUCUGAGAUACAUUUAUAUAAAAUGUGACCAUAUGGGGUGAUAAGCUCAAAUCCUGGCUUAUACUGUGGCACAUGGAUUUGCAGGUAUAACAGGACGUAACUGUUGUGCACAUUUCAAAUGCAGUUCUGUUCCAGGAUCCUGAUGCUCCAAUAGCAAAGCAGCCUUUGUUUCCCACUCCUGCUGAGUGAUUGUCUCUGAAGGAUCAGUGCACAUGUUACAGCACCUGAAUUUACAGCCUUUGCCAUUUGGUGGAUGCUGCCAGAAAUGGUCACCACAUUGUAAUAAAGACAGUGCUUCAGACUAGGGUUCUUAAAACAAUUUCACUGCAACUAUUCAGAGAUGCUGGCAGACCUGAAUAAACAUCUGGCACCCACACAUUGCUCUGAUAGUAAUAGGCGUGCCUAAAUUCCACAUGAGACAUUUAAUUGCAACAUUUUAAAGAGAAGGCCAGAGUCGCUACGCUGCUUUUGCAGAUGGAGAAGUUGAAAAACAGGAGGUGAAAUGACCUGCACAAAGUUUGACAAGCUGAGUUUGCAGUAGGACCCAGUCUCUGGACAGGCGUGGGAGUAGCUGAGGUCUGUCUCUUUGGGAAGGAUGACUCGGACUAGGCCUGCCUGAAACAGCUCUGAGAGAAGUCCCUAAAGUGGACAGUCAACAUCAUGUCAGUGUAAAUAACGGCAGGAUUAAAUUCAAGCUGCUGCUUGCUGGUGCUGCUGUUCCAGUGGUGGAGGUCCCCUUCUGGACCUUAGCUAGCCAGGGAAGGAAAGAAAGCAAGCCCAGGAAAGGGUCUGCUCUGCCAGUCCAGAUGGAAGCAGUUGCUGGGCCAGUGGAGGUGAGCUCUCAGGAGGGGUGGGAACAUCCAGACAGGGCCCUGCUGUGUGUGUGCCAGGGAGGAGCUCCCAGGCUUUGUCCAGGCUGACCCAGGGCUGCACAGCCAGGAGCAUCAGGAAGGAGAUGCAGCAGCAAACUGAGUCUGUUGGAAGGCUGCAGCAGGUUCACAGGGUGUUACAUGAGCCCUGGUACAUCUGUUCCCUUUCCCCUCUGCCUUUCCCGCACUCUCACUCCUCAGAUGAGUUUUGCCUAUCCCCUUCACUCCUGAACAUUGGCUUUGCUUUCCCACAGACACCUGAGCUCUCUCUGAUGAACCAGCACUUGGGUUCUAGCUGGAACCUUUCCCUACUCACAGCUCUGUUCACAGACUUGCCUUUCACCCAUUGUAAUCUCACAUUACAUUUAUCCACUCCAGUAGUUUAUCAUGUCCUGUACACUCUACUUGAAUUUUUGUGUCUUCUCUGGCCGGCAGUACCUGCCCUGGUUAAACACAGUAGAAGAAAUCUAGGGAAAGAGAGAACAAAAAUAGGUCAGUUAAAGUGCACUUGAGCAUAGGUUUGGAAAUACCAUUUCAGUGCAGCUGAUUUCUGGCCUCCUAGAGCCAUGAGUACAAAGUACAGUCAAAGUGUAUUUUGUGUGGUUGUGGCUUUUUUUCCAAUAGUAAUUUAGGGGUAUUAAGUUCAGUUUGUCAGACUCUGUUUAAAAAUUAAAUUUAAAGAAAUGAGUUCUCAGAUUUCUUCUGGGUGUUAGCAGUAUUUGUAUAUGAAACAGAGCAUUAUACACAGCCUGCCUCUCCCAGAGGCCUUAAAAGCUGGGUAGUCCAUGGGCUGAUGGGGAUGUUAAACAGCAUCAUGCCACCCUUCUUUAGAGGGUGGGCUGGUUCCUUGCAGUAGACAGGUGCUAGGUGGCUCUCUAAGAGUACCAGUGGCUAGGCUGCAGAAGGCACUGUGCUUUUUCUUGGAAGCAUCAGUCAAUCCCUUGUUCAAGCCCUGAGCAGGACAAAUCCCCUGCGAGACAGUCCAUUGGUCUAAUCCAGUAGGACAAGUGUUAAAUUCCUAUACUUACCACUAAAACACUUGCAUUUCUAUGCAUUUGCAUUGCAUACUGGUUAUAUAUCUUGGAAAAUCACAUGGUGCUGCUGACCUUUUCAUAAAAGGAAAAAUUGCUGUUCUCCCAGGAGGCUGGAUGUUCCUGUCGGACUCGCAUCCGAGGGAAUGUGCUGCUGUAGUACAGUGUGUUCCUCGGUGCUUUACACACAUUGGCCUGGGCUCCUUUUGGUACAGAAGCACUGGAAAGCUCUUUGGAGGUUUUAAGGAGCCUGGCUGUGGAGCCCUGGGCCAUGUGUGUGUUGCCUGAGGGCAGGAGGCCGAGCUGGCGCUGGCAGAGCCCCAGGCACAUGAGCUGCUCCCUGGAGCCACAAAGGCUGAGGCUUCACUCGGCAUUCUGCAUCAUCCAGUAUCUAACAUACGCCGAAUUUUCUGGGAAUUUACUGGGUCUUGGGAACUGUAUCAAAAUGGUGAUUUGAUUCCUGAGGUGAUGCUGUCAGAGGGGGACUGUGUGUGCUUUCAGGACCCUGAGGAGGGUUUGUGCUCACAUCUGUGUUUUGGGGUUGCCGGGUGUGCAGUAUCUGCUGGGGUGACACAGCCCUUCCCCGAGGAGGAGCCGCUUUGGCAGAGCCCUGCAGAUGGAGCUGCGGUCCCAGUUUAGCUGUGUCCAUGCUGGAGACGCUCCUGUCUCAGCCUUCCCACUUUGGGCAACAAGGUGCAGGCCCAGGAGAGCGAGAGCUGGGGUCGGCACAGUGUAGGUGCAGCUGCAAAUGGGGCUGUUCCUGUGCUGGGGAAACAGAAGUUCCACAAUGGGCUUGUGAGGCUGGACUCAGCUGAGUGGGGUUGUACCUCCUGCUGAGAAUGGGAGGCCCAAAGCUCCCCUAGGACUGGAGGUCAGAGAUAGAUCCCAUUCUUCUUCUGGUGUAAUGUCCAUGUGAGCACCCCAAAGUGCAAGUACUGACUGUGCUCUCAGUCUCCACCUAAGAUACAGGGUGAAGGGGAUUUUGCAGGGACCUUGAAGACAAACAUUUAUCCUCACAGUGCUCUCUGCUGAGCCUGUGCUCCUGUAGGGCUGAGACUGCUUUCCAUGGGAGGAACUGACAGACAUAGAGGGACUGCAAUAGGGUGACACAGGACAUCUCUGGGGUCCUGUAUGACUCUCUGUGUGUGGAUUACUGGCCAGCACUCAGUUCCACAAUGUAGGGCCCUAGAUCAAAACAGCUUGAAAGGGAGCUUGUCUGUUAUCUAGCCCAAUUUCCCCAUCCAAGUAAGCAUCAACUUGCCUUACAUCAUUCCUGACAAAUGUUUGCCCAGCCUGACCCAGAGGCUCUCAUUGCUGGUAAGGACUUUAGCACGCAAUCUGUCCUGAUGCUUUGUGGUUCUGUCUGCUAGAAAGUUUUCUUUUGUCAUGGCAGCUCUGCUGUGACUAAAGCUGAGCACUUCUGAGGUGCAGAACAGCUGUCUCUCUCCUUUAGAGCACCUUCUAUGUGGUAGUCUGUUCCUGUAUUUCCUCACAGUCUUCAUUUCUGGGACAAAGAAUUCCAGCACUUCUUUCUGUAGGUGACUUGCACAUCCUUACUUCCCUGCUUGUGAAAUGUGAGGGGGACUCUGUGUGCUUCAGACUUGUUAGUGGCUUGUGCCACUGCUGAGUGGGAUAAUAAAGCUGCUAGAGCUCACCCUGUUAUAGAGCAGUCAUUUCCCAAGUGAAGACCAUGCCAAAACUUGCAUUAACUUUUUAAACUUUUUUUUUUUUUUUGAUUACCAAAAAGUGUAUUUAAGUUUUAAUAAACUACAAUCCUGAUG